AAAAAAGAUAUAUUACAGGUGCUUUUUUUUAAUUUUUCUUUCUAAAGGUUUGAUGAGCAAUUCGAUCUCAAAACUAUCUUGUGUGGCUAAAAUACAAGAAGGUAACAAGUACUCGAGACGUUGAGGAAAUAAGAGAAGAAUGAAGCUCAUUCACUUGAUUAUAUUUGCAAGUGUGUUUCUGUCAGGACAUUCUCAGUCGACUUCCUGUGACGGCAAAGCUGAUAUUCUGCUUAUUGUCGAUGCUUCUGGAAGUAUUGGGUUAGACGACUUUGGAAAAAUGAAACAAUUCCUUGCGAACUUUGUGGUGCAAUUUUCUAUAGGCAAAGAUUUCAUCCAAUUUAGUCAGAUCGUCUUCAGCUCAGAUAGCAAUAUUUCGUUCGGUUUCAACAAAUAUUUAACCGGUUCCUCUUUAAAAAACGCACUAUUAAACACCACGUAUAUCGGAGGAGGUACAGAGACUGGGAAAGCCCUCAAUCAAGCAAGAACGCUUGGGUUCACGUCUGCUAAUGGAGCCAGAGCAGAUGUCCCUAAACUCGCUCUAGUUUUCACUGACGGUCAAUCAAAUGAUGGAAACUUGACCAGUAUAGAGGCUCAUCUUUUGAAAGAUUCAGGAGUGGUCGUUUUAGCUAUAGGUAUCGGAGUAAAGAUAAAUUAUAAAGAACUGCAAGACAUGGCUACAAGAGCAUCGUAUGUGUUUAACGUCAGCAGCUAUCAGGAACUUUACAGCAGCAUCGACCGUUUCUCCAACAUUAUUUGUAAAGCUCAGAUUGAUGCAAGCAACUCCAACAGUUCCCUUGUCUGUCUUGGUCAAACUGACGGGGUCUACGCCGCUUCAUUGACAGAGUGCCUUGAUGGCUAUUACUAUAACUGUGUCAAUCAAACUGCAAUUCAGAGACGAUGUAACACAAGUUCCUUGUAUCUCGAUGAUAAUAACCAGAGUUACACUGCAGUAAUGGUCUUUGACCAAGCCUCUCAAACUUGUCAGCUCACUUCCAACUCUUGUCCCAGAGGUCAUCCAACUCAACUCACUGUUGCAGAUAUUUGCGAUGAAUGCCAAUACAAUGGAGGGUUUGGCUACGACUCUGAUCCCGAUUACUGCGACACCUUCUACCAGUGCAUGCCAGACUUGAAACCCAUCAAGAAGCUUUGUCCUGCAGGGACAUUCUGGGACGGCGACCGCUGCAACUUCAUUGAUGCUGUUAAAUGUUCUAAAGCUGUCUGUACAUCAGCUACACAGGGCGUCACCUACCCCAGCGGCAGAUGUUGUAACAAGUAUUACGAGUGUUACAAUAGUAAGCUGUACGAGAGACUUUGCCCAACAGAUCAGUUCUACGAUUCUGUUACGAGACGGUGCGGUCCAACCGCUAAUAAAAAUGCUACAUGUGAAAGUCUGGGAAGAUUUGAGUGUGACGUCAACAGAUACCUAGGUCUACCCUCUUGCAAUGGUUACGCCCCUGAUCCCUUCGGUAACCCCUGCAAGUAUCAAUUCAAUGGCUAUUCAUUUCAAGUAGCAGCAGGCACAGUAUGGAGUCAAAAGGUCUGCUCACUUGUUCCAGACUAUAUGAGAGCCUGUGUCGUCAUGAGCAACGAGAGAGCCUUUGAACCAACUAAUGGUACCUGUAACGCUAACUUCCUGGCAUCCUACAACAGCGGUUCUAAAGCUGUUUUCAGUGAGAGGGCUGGCACCAACAUUGACAUCGCUACCACCCAACAGGAAGUUCUGCUGACCAACAACGCCCUGACCUUCACCGCCGCCAUGGUCAGCCCUUAUUUCUACUACUACUUUUUUAACAACAAAGAUAUGGGCAUCGACACUGCCUUCAGAGUCAGGUUCAGCCUCCAGGGCGGUCAAGACGGUAAAACCUACGAUAUCCUGUCUAACAGCUACUGCUCCCUGUGUCCAGACACCAUCAAAUUCACAGUCUACCAAUCCAGCGUCAACAGCUACGUUGUGACAGCCACAUUCUUGACCACUGAGAGAGCCACAGUGGAGACAUCAGCCACCAUCAGCAAUGUCAAUCCCAGCAACCUCCUGGAGUUGACUGUUGUCUAUAGCGACACUUCCGUGUACGGUAAACUUUAUGAAGUGAACACGGCAAACACUGUAGUCAGGACAGUUGACUUCGGCAGAGUUGGCAAGACAGGAGGAGUCCACAUCGCUACCAAUAAAUGCGGUAUCCAGCUUGGUAGAGGCGCCAACAAUCACUUUGUUGGUAUCAUUGAUGAAUUCGCUAUUUACGAGAAAUGUUUAACUAUCAAUCAAGUCUUCCGACCAUAGAACAACACGCUGACAGACACAUAGCGAUAUAAAUUCAGAGGAUUGUAGGAUCAAAUGCUGUCCCAAGAAGAAAGAACAAUGCGAAGAAAAUAUUGAUAGAGAAAAUAGACAAAAAUAAAACCAUUUUAUCGUU